AAAGCAGACACGUUUCGCCUGUCUGCAUGUCUGGUUUAGAAACAAGCUUGACACUCAACGAAGAUGCCUCCAACGCACCUGGCAUUCCUGCUGUGUCUACUCACGCCCUCCAUUGGAAUGGGCGGCUACGACGUGACGUCACAGUACGGCCAUUUGUGUCGGCGUGGCGUGGUGUACGUGUCGCUCCCCUGGGACUGCAGUGGUUUCAUCCAGUGCACGGGUGCGUCAGACGGCGCGUUCACCGCCACGUGGAUGCCGUGUUCGUGGCAGCUCCAGUACGACAACCAACAACACGUGUGCGUGUUCGGGCCCGGCAGCUGCACCAACAUGACUCGUGUUGCUAUCGAAAGUUGUCAACUCAACCCAAACCUGAAGUUUGCUCAUCCAGAUAACUGCGCUCUGUAUUACGACUGCAAGCAGACGACAGCCUUAGCAGGGCUGGACAUGUAUCAAAAUGAAUGUCCUUACCCUGAACUGUUUGACCAACGAAAGCAGACAUGCCAGCCAGCCAGUCAAGUGGAAUGUAACAAGAGAAGAGCUCCUCUGAACAAAUGUGAUUAUAAGCUGGCGUGUGACCCAUCCAUCUGCGUGGGCAAAGCUGCAGGUUUACAUCCGGUUCCUGGGGAAGAGUUUGGAACGGAGUACAUAAUGUGUAUAGCGGAGAAAUUUAUGAGUCAAGAUUCCUGUAACGGAGCGGACGAGCUAUUUGACCCUAUCAAAAGAACUUGUACAAACCAGUAUCAAGAAUCAGUCGCAUCAUUUUGUCAGUCGAACCCAAGUGCCGUUUUUGGAGACAAGACAACGUGUUCUUUGUAUUACGACUGCCGCAAAGCGGACCACCACAUCACCACGAAACCGUACCAGACCGAGUGCCCGUACCCGAUGUUGUAUGACUGGCAGAAAAAGAAGUGCAUGCCGUACGAAAAGGUGCAAUGCGGAGCCCGACCGGAGCCGAAGAAACCAUGUGAUUACCAAGUUGGUCACUGCAGUGGCCGAGACCAAUGCAUACCCUGUCCAGGCGGUGUGCGGACCUCAUGACGUAGGAAUUAUGCCUCAUCCGGGUGACCAGUCCAAAUAUUUGAUUUGUAAAGAUGGAAGAACGAUAGAUAUCCAGUCUUGUCAAAUUGGCAGGAUGUUUGAUGCUAAGCUCAGAAAAUGUGAGUCAGAGUGUAGCUGCGAGACGGAACUUCGAGCUCUGGCCGUUAUGGUGAAGACCGUGGAACUGUUCUUAAAAGACGAAGGCCUACCCAGCACAGAGUGCGAUGCGCCUUUGGCAGCCAUUUUGGAUAAAACACGUCCGAGUAGACCUGGCGCCCAAGUGUACCGCUGUCCGGAAUCCCAGUCUACGUGUUUAGACAUGAGCUGCGUGGGAGGACAACUCUACGGAUUAUGGCAACCACAUCUGGCCAAGUGCUGCGCACAGACUUAGAUAUAAAUAACCCAACACAAGAAGACGCAGACGACUUAAAGGGACAGACCCCAGUUUCAACCCAUGAAAAUUAACAUUAAGUUUAGUUACUAAGUUUAGUUAAUGUACAAACUUGUAACACAUUUGGAUAAAGUUACAAUUGAGUGAAACAUGAG